AGUGCCCCGGCCCUGUGUCCCUGCGCGGGACAUGGAAUGCAGGGAAGUUUCCCCCGCCCCGAAAGAUGCGAGUUUCCCUUAAGGAUGUCAAGAGCACUUUAAAGAUUUGUAAAUGCGGAUAAGGAGCCCAGCAUGGAAGAAUUUAAAGCUGCAAGCCCACUUGAGGAGUCACUGAAUCACCUGAAGCUGUCGGAUCAGAAGGCUCCAGAGACUGCCCCCAGGGAUGGCCAGCACCCCCAGAGCCUGGACAGGGGCUGUGCCCCCUCCCCAGGCCAGGAUCCCUCAGAGGAGUGCUUCCAUGACUGUCACGACUCCUUUGGGGCCCAGGGAGCUGUGCUGGAUGAUGAAGGGAACGCUCAGGAGGACGGGAGUAGCUCCAGGAAGCAGACAGAGCUAGAGGAAGAAUACUUGCUAGAACUAGAGAAAGAUAUGCCAGAGGAGGAGAAACAGAAAAGAAGAAAGGAGAGCACAGGGCUGAAGGAGAAAGGAAACGAGCACUUCAAGAAAGGAGACUUUGGAGAGGCAGAAGAGUCCUACACCAAGGCCCUGCAGAUCUGCCCAGCCUGCUUCCAGAAGGACAGGGCUGUUCUCUUCUCCAACAGAGCUGCUGCAAAAAUGAAACAGGACAAGACAGAGGCUGCCCUGAGUGACUGCACCAAAGCUGUGGAAUUAGACCCUCACUAUGUCAGAGCUUUGCUGAGGAGAGCAGAACUCUAUGAAAAAACAGAAAAAUUAGAUGAAGCUCUGGAAGAUUAUAAGGCAGUCCUAGAAAAAGACCCCUCAGUUCAUCAAGCCAGAGAAGCCUGCAUGAGAUUACCACAGCAAAUUGAGGAGAGGAAUGAAAAAUUAAAGAAAGAAAUGUUGGGCAAACUGAAGGAUCUGGGCAAUUUGGUGCUGCGUCCCUUUGGCCUGUCAACAGAGAACUUCCAGAUCAAACAGGAUUCAUCAACUGGCUCCUACUCCAUCAACUUUGUUCAAAACCCCAACAACAACAGAUAACAUGGAUUCAGUGUGGCUCUGACAUCCCGUGCCAGGAUCCAGCAAACCAACACCCUCCACCCCCAGGGCAAGAGGAGACUCAGCAAACUCAUUUCCCAGCUUGUGAAAUUAUUUGCAAUGUGGAUGUAAAGCAACUCAUUCAACUUCUCAUAGUGAUAA